AUGCAGAUUCCUUGGAUAGUUGGAGGUGAUUUUAAUGCGGUGUUGAAUCCGGAAGAGAGGCUUGAAUAUAGAGGAAAUGCAAAUGAAUUGAUACCUUUUCAGACCUGUGUAAAUAAUUGUGGUUUAGAAGAUGUGAAAUACAAUGGUAGAUUCUUCAUGUGGAAUAAUAAACAAGAUGGUAAAAACCGAGUUUAUGCUAAACUCAACAGAUUUUUGGCUACCUCGGAUUGGAUAGACACAUAUUCCACUGUUGGAGUCUCUUUUCUUCCUGAAGGAAAUUUUGACCAUUCCCCGGCUCUUCUUACAGAAAAAGUUGCUGGUUCUCAUAUGUAUCAGCUGGUGUUUCUCUUAAAGCAGCUCAAGUUUGGCCUGAAGAGAUUGAAUAGGCAAGGCAGGGGUGAUGUAGAGCUUCAAGAGAAGGAGGCCUACCAGCAGUUGUUAAAAAUUCAGCAGCAGUUACAGCUUGAUCCUAGUAAUAGCGAUCUGAUUUUGACAGAAAUAAAGUAUAGAACAGAUUUUUCAGUAGCUCACAAGAAUUAUAUCCAAUACCUUAGUAAAAAAGCUAAAGUUGAUUGGAUAAAGUCUGGGGAUGAGAAUACUAAAUUGUUCCACACUAGCUUGAAGGUUAGAAGACAACAAAACACUAUUUAUUCUAUCCGGGACCAGAAUGGAAAUUGGGUGGACAAUCAAGAAGGAGUCAUUAAAGCUUUCCUUGAGUUUUAUGAUUCUUUGCUUGGUUCUAAAACAGAAGAUCGAACUAGGGUGCAUAAAAGAAUUGUCCAGGAGGGAGCUUUGAUUAGUCAAAGCCAAGCGAAUUGGCUAGUUCGAGAUUAUACUAGUGAAGAGGUAGAAGCGGCUCUGAAGUCCAUUCCUAAUGAUAAAGCUCCAGGUCUUGAUGGUUACAAUAGUGCCUUUUUUAAAGAUACUUGGGAGAUAACCGGUAAGGAGGUUAAAGAGGCCAUUUUAUCUUUUCUUAACACAGGGAAGCUUCUAAAAGAAAUUAAUGCUACCACAGUGACUUUGGUGCCCAAGGCUAUUUGUCCUGAAUCAGUUAAUGACUAUAGACCUAUUGCAUGUUGCAAUGUGAUCUAUAAAAUAGCCACUAAGAUGAUUUGUAACAGACUUAGAGAGAUUCUUCCUGAUAUAAUUUCGGAAAACCAAAGUGGUUUUGUGAAAGGAAGGAAAAUUGCCCACAACAUCAUGAUUUGCCAAGAUAUGGUUCGGGGUUAUGAUAGAAGGAGUGCUAAGUCGGCUUGCCUUUUUAAGAUUGAUCUUCAGAAAGCUUACGACACGCUUGAUUGGGAUUUUCUAAAAGAAAUGUUAGGAGCUUUGAACUUUCCCCAAAAAUUCGUGGAGUUGAUCAUGAUUUGUGUAACUACUCCUCGGUUCUCUUUUUGCAUUAAUGGAGCUUUACAUGGGUAUCUUCAACCCAAGAGGGGUUUGAGACAGGGAGAUCCUAUGUCGCCGCUUCUUUUUGUAAUUGGAAUAGAGUAUUUGUCCCGGAUCUUAAAAAAGAUAGCAAAAGAUAGCAAAUUUCAAUUCCACCCGAGAUGUAAGAGUUUGGCUCUUACUCACCUUUGUUUCGCUGAUGAUCUUCUUUUGUUUUGUAAAGGAGAUUAUGUUUCAGCAAUCCUGAUGCUAAGAGCCUUCAAGCUGUUUGUGAAUUCUUCUGGCCUUAAAGCGAAUCUUGGGAAAUCUGCUGUGUAUGGAACAGGUAAACAUGUUUGGGAUAUCACCAAGAAGAAAGACAACCUGUGGGUUAAGUGGGUGAAUUAUGUCUAUAUCAAACAUGAUGAUUGGUGGAACCAUAUAGCUCCAAAUGAUGCAAGUUGGUACUGGAAGCGUAUUGUGCAAACUAAAGAAAUAAUUAAGAAUAUGUUUACUCAAACAGAUUUUCAGAGCUUCAACUUCUCCAUACAGGGUCUUAGUAAUAAGAUGUUGUCUAUUCAAUUAGAUAGAUGGAAAUACUCUGUCAUUUGGGACAGAUCCAAUGUCCCAAAACAUAGAGUUAUUGUUUGGAUGGCUUUACUUGGAAAACUUCACACUAGAGAUCGGCUUUACAGGUUUGGAAUCACUCCUCAAGCUGAUUGCUUAAUUUGUGGAGCUGCUGAAGAGAAUCACAGUAACCUAUUCUUCUCCUGCUGCUUCAGUAGGAAAAUCUUGCUUGAAGUUGUUAGCUGGUGCGGUAUAAUCUACACAGGUACUGACUUGGAAAAGUUGUUGAAGUGGCUGCUGAAAAAAAAGUUUUCGAAAGGUAGAAGAGCUAUUCUGUUCAGUAUAGUUUCUGCUACAGUUUACUAUGUCUGGAGAGGAAGAAAUAGAGUUCUUUGGGAUCAUGAGCUUCCCAUGGUUUCAGUUGUAGUUAAGAAUAUUAUUCAUGCUGUUUGUUGUAAAGGAGUUUCUUGA